CAACAGGUUAUUGUUUUAAUCAUAUUCUAGCUACUUGAUUCGCGACGAUCCCCAUCACGUUGUGUGCUUAGUCCAGUGAGUUAUAUAAACUACAAACGUUGCCAUGUCCGCCAAGCUGUUCCAAGCCACCAAACGCCAGCUGUGCUCCCAACUGCAACGUCGUUACAGCUCAAAGAUCAACGAUGUUGUUGUUGUGUCUGCAGCACGCACGCCGAUUGGCAGCUUUCAGAGCCAGCUGGCCCCGCUGUCGGCUACACAGCUGGGUGCAGUAGCCAUUGAGGCAGCCAUACAGCGUGCUGGCAUUGGCAAGAGCGAUGUCAACGAGGUGAUUAUGGGCAAUGUGGUCUCUGCCGGUUUGGGACAGGCGCCAGCACGUCAGGCGGCCAUUUUUGCCGGCCUGCCCACCAACGUGUGCUGCACCACUGUCAACAAGGUCUGCUCCUCAGGCAUGAAGUCAGUGAUGCUGGGCGCUCAGUCGCUGAUGCUUGGUCAAGCUGAUGUGGUCGUUGCCGGUGGCAUGGAGUCCAUGUCCAAUGUACCAUAUUAUCUGAAGCGUGGUGCCACGCCCUAUGGAGGUGUCAAUCUUACAGACGGUAUAGUCCAUGACGGCCUCUGGGACGUAUACAACAAGUUCCACAUGGGCAACUGUGCCGAGAAUACCGCCAAGAAGAUGCAGAUCUCGCGUCAGGAUCAGGAUGCCUUUGCAAUUGAGUCAUACAAGCGUUCGGCCAAGGCCUGGAGCGACAAAGUGUUUGCUGAUGAGAUUGCGCCCGUCAAGAUUCAGCUCAAACGCAAGCCCGAAGUUACCAUUGUUGAGGAUGAGGAAUACAAGCGUGUCAACUUUGACAAAUUCGGACAACUGGCAACAGUAUUCCAGCGCGAGAACGGCACAGUCACAGCGGGCAAUGCUUCCACGUUGAAUGAUGGCGGUGCCGCCGUCGUCCUGAUGACUGCCGAGGCAGCUAAACGUGCUGGCCUGAAGCCACUUGCACGCAUUGUUGCCUUCCAGGAUGCCGAAACGGAUCCUAUUGAUUUUCCCAUUGCACCAGCAUUUGCUGUGCCCAAGCUGCUGGAGCGUGCUGGUGUACGCAAGGAAGAUGUUGCCAUGUGGGAAAUCAAUGAGGCAUUCUCGCUGGUGGUGCUUGCUAACAUACGCAAAAUGGAUGUAGAUCCAGCAAAGGUGAACGUGCAUGGUGGCGCUGUUUCCAUUGGUCAUCCCAUUGGCAUGUCGGGUGCCCGUUUGGUCACACACUUGUCGCACACGCUAAAGGCUGGCGAACUUGGAUGCGCUUCCAUUUGCAAUGGCGGUGGCGGUGCCUCCUCUAUUUUGCUGCAGAAGCUUUAAAACAGGCAACAAAAAACAGGCUUUUGAAACCAGAAUUGCAUUUAUUGAUGUUGAAACUCGUUGUAAUUGUAAAUGAUUUGAAAUUUUAAUUAUUCAUAUUGUAUUUGCAUAGCAUUUAAUUAGAAUCUUGU